AUGCCACCCAAUACCUUUGACUUCCCAAUUGCUCCACGAGCAAAUAGCACUGGGCAUACGCCGCCAGGUGAAGCAUUCAAAGAUCAGUGGACACAUCCAACGGACGUUUUCUCGGUGCUGCUCCUGCUUGGUGGUGAUGUUGUGAAUAAGGCCCUUGGUCAGUUAUCAGGAGGUCGACUUACGCCCGUCACAUUCUCAUUUGGGUGGGUCUCGUACGCCAUCACGACCUUGCUGGCGAGUGUGGGCGACACGAAACUCAUGCCCCGAGAUUCGGAAGGGUCAUGUCUAGUCAUCACCGCAAAGAAUGGAUACACGAGGACCAACUCUAGCUGGGUCAUUGCACGCAUGUUACGCGACCACGAUUCAUGGAUGCACCCUCGAGUCAAGUCGAGACUCGAGUGGAUGAUAGACGAGAGGCAUCAUUACUUGCAACGUAAGGCCAAGCCUGGUACCAAGAUUCCCAGGCCUGGGCAAACAGGUCUGUGUAUAUCCAUCUACGAACCAAGCAAAACGGUGCCGGCUGGGAAACCACGUCAUGAUGUGACUUACUGGAGCGGUGUUUUUGUUGCGGCGUGCCAAUUGCUGCUUGCAACGGCACCGCUUAUCCGAGAACACGAUUGGUCCAUACUGGUAAUUACUGUUUGCGGUACCGUCCUGGCUCUUGGAACAGGUUCCUUGCCGGAGUGGGCGAUAGAAAAGUGGGCAUGCCGACGAGGCUCCCACAAUUCUUACAUCUUAACCAGCGGCAAUGGCGCGCAGCACGCAAUUCUUAUCUUGGGCAAUGGCAAGGGCCUGAAUUUGGAGGACCUAGCAGUGGGUUCUCAAAUGCAACCUAGGCCUUCUAGUACACAUACUAGGUUCAUCUUGGCGGUCAUCUCCAUCAUGUGGAUUGGGUUACUGGUAUCUGCAGCAGGCAUGACCGAGAACACUAGUUAUCUUCUGGCUAUUGGUGGUAUCGGGAUGAUUCACAAUGUUGUGGUUGUGGGCUUGCGGAGGGAUCCUAGUACUUUGGGAAUCCAUCUCGAGUACCGAGAUGUGGUUGGCGAGAUGACCGUCAUGGAUGCUCUUCUGGAUUUGGAAGCGAAGUAUCCGCAGGUGGGUGCAAGUCUGCUGCCCAUCUUCUUUCCGGGACAGCUUCGGCUCGACGAGACAAGUAAAUGGGAAGCGCUUCGUCAGCGUGGAGAGCAGCAAGCGGAGCAAGCAACAAGCAGCGAAGGCCAGCAGGAGCCCGCUCAGGAGCCUGCUCAGGACCCUGCGCCAGAGUCGUGGGAGGCCCAUGCCAAAACAUUUGAAACUGGGUGA